AUGGCAGGCUGGUUCUCUUCAACUUCCCCGCUCGAUGAGCAGAUCGAGCGGGCGACUUCAUCAUCGCUGGAAGAUAUCUCACUUAAUCUGGAAAUUUCCGAUAUGGUCCGUUCAAAAAGUGUUCAGCCUAAAGAUGCUAUGAAGUCCUUGAAGCGUCGGCUGGAAAAUCGCAAUCCGAACAUUCAGCUAGCAACAUUGAAGUUAACCGAUACAUGCGUCAAGAAUGGCGGAACCCACUUUCUAGCGGAGAUCGCCUCUCGGGAGUUCAUGGAUAAUCUGGUGUCCUUACUCAAAGCAGAAGCGGCUCCACUCAAUCCAGAUGUGCAGCGCAAAGUCUUAGAACUCAUCCAGAAUUGGGCGAUGGCAGCACAAGGGCGCAUGGAUUUGACUUAUUUAGGAGAGACCUAUCGCAAGUUACAAAAUGAGGGAUACCAGUUCCCUCCGAAGACGGAAAUGAGUGGGUCUAUGCUUGAAAGCAAUGCUCCACCCGAGUGGAUAGACUCCGACGUAUGUAUGCGAUGUCGGACGGCCUUCAGCUUCAUGAACCGGAAACACCACUGCCGCAACUGUGGAAACGUCUUUGACCAGCAGUGUUCAAGCAAAUCGAUCCCAUUACCCCAUCUCGGGAUCCUACAGCCCGUGCGCGUCGAUGAUGGAUGUUAUACCAAGUUGACAUCAAAAGCAUCGAAUCAUCCCAUCUCCUCCGACCGAUCUGCAUUCAAGAAUCACUCCAUCACGAAAUCGAGCUCCUUAGAACCCCGCGGGGCGAAGGCAGAUACCAGUUUUGACGACGACCUUCGCCGAGCGUUGCAGAUGAGUCUGGAAGAGGCGGAAGGGCGAGGGCCGUCGGGGUAUGUGCCGCAACAAGCAAAUGUUCCCGAGCCUGCAAAACCAGCCCCAGGACCUGCAAACGUGGAAGAGGAGGACGCAGAUCUCAAGGCUGCCAUUGAGGCCUCACUUCGAGAUAUGGAGGAGCAUAAGCAGAAACAUGCUGCUGCUUUAAAGAGCAACCCCUCGCCAAGCUACACCCAGCCAGAAUCAUCAAGCACGCAUGCUCCGUUAAGCAAAAAUCCAUAUGAGCUGAGCCCUGUUGAAGCCGAGAACAUUCACUUGUUUUCCACCCUUGUGGAUCGGCUACAGCACCAGCCCCCUGGCACUAUCCUGCGGGAGCCACAGAUUCAAGAACUUUAUGACAGCAUAGGGAGCCUCCGACCCAAACUCGCUCGUAGCUACGGGGAGACCAUGAGCAAACACGACACUCUCCUAGAUCUGCAUGCAAAGUUAUCGACCGUCGUACGUUACUAUGAUCGAAUGCUCGAGGAGCGGCUAUCGAGCGCAUACUCGCAGCAGAAUCUCGGAUAUGGGAUUGCCCCUGGGAUGCCUCAAUAUCCCAAUAUGCAUGGCCUGCCAGCCCAAGCCGCCGAGGCAAGGGCCGGGGCCGAGAACUUCUACUACGGAAACCAACCUGAUACAUCUCAGCCCCCGAAUUCUGCGUAUCCACCUCCACAGAUGCACCGUGGGGCUUAUGAACCUCAGGCUGCAGGUGUUUCAAGCCCGGCAUACCCUUCUCAAGCUCCAUACCCCUCCCCACCAACAACCGAUUCACACAGUACUUGGAACCAGACCUCAUACCCUGCUCUAUCUUCACCUCCACCUAAUGGGGCUAUCGCGUCACCUCAUGCCGCGCCAGAACCAGUUGGAGCCGCCAAACCAUAUGCCCCUCAACUGGACCAAAAUGCAACACCGAUCUCCGCAGAGACGCCUUCUUGGCAGCCCUCUCCCCUUGCACGGAGAGAUUCACAAUAUCUCCCCAGUGCUCCUCCAGGGCCUAGUGCACCCGACACACACUCACCUGAGCAAGCGCAGUCAGCUCCUUAUUCAACGGGCCCUCCCGCUGGAGUGCCAGCGUCUCAGCAGCCAACCGGGUACCCGCCUCAGUCCUACUACUACCAGCCCCAAGCCCAGCCGUCUUACCCGAUGGCUACUGGCCAACCGGGGGCUUACCCGAAUGUCAGCCAAGUGCAGCCCCCUGCAUCGCAUCAACCUGCUCCUGUAGAGGAGAGUCUGAUUGAACUGUAG